AUGACUUUAAAACUCACCCUCCUCCCCCUUCUCGUCCUCACCGCAGGCACAGCCAACGCCCUCCCCAACCACCCCAACCCACUCCCACAGCUCAUGCAACCACUAAACAACCUGAACAAGCCUCACGAAGUGCUAACCACCCCCUGCCCCGCCCACCAACCCCAACCCCAAAAUUCGCCCCCCCGGCUCAACAUCUCCUACGGCCAAUGCUACCACCUCAUCCACCCGGACUUCGGCCCGCUGGUUAACAGCACCUGGGGCAACUCCGCGGUUCCCUUCCAAUGGCUAGCCUUCAAGCAAUAUCACGAGCCACGGCGCCUGCAGGUGUGCCGCACCGAGUACUGCGACGAUGACGAAGGCUUCGUUAAGAACCACGGCACCUUCUACCUGCGCGACCUGGGCGGCUCGCCCAUGUCGCAUUGGCAGCCGCGCUUCCUCAACGUGUUCGAGGGCGUCCCCAGCCAGGUGUGGCCCGACGCGCAGGAUACGCAGGGCAAGCGCGCGCGCUUCACGGCGUCGGCGGUUGCGCACGGCGACUGGCUCCGUGUGCAGGUGGUGGAUAGCGCGACCGGGUACAAUGGGUUGCAUGUCAAUUCGGAUAGUUGGCCUGAGCAUAGUUAUGUGUAUACGGAUCGGGUGGAGAAUAGUUUGAGUUUUUGGUUUGUGAGGUGUGAUGGACAUGGUGGGGAUGAUGAUGUGGAGGAGGAGGAGGAGGCGGAUUAG